UCAACCGAGCAAACAGCACAUAAUAGCAACGCAUUUUCGAACUCAUAGUGCUCGCAUAAUAAUACAUACUUAAAAUGAAUAAAAUAAACAAAAAGCGAUACCCUAUCACUUAAAAGAAAACUGUAGACUUUUCAAAUUAGGCACACUUUAAGCCCGGUUAUUGCGAAUUAUAGAAUUAUAAAGACAUCUUCCACUAGAAAGUUCUUCAAUCUAAACCAAGUUUUACCGGGAAAAAGAUGUUUAUCAAUAUAUUGUAUUUAUUCAUUGCAUUAGCUGGUGUUAAUGCGGAAUCAGCAGAUGAAAUCUGUCAGCUUACGCCUGCGGCUAAUGGCUUUGGAAAAAUUAUGUCCUGCGCACACUACUCCAAUUGGUUUUCCUAUCACCCAGACCAAAACGAAUGCCUGGAGUUCUCAUACGGAGGCUGUGGUGGCAACGAAAAUAGGUUUCAAACUAAAGUAAUUUGCGAAGAUCUGUGCAAAAAUAAAGCUGAGCAACUUUGAAUAACGUCAUAAAA